UGGGAAAGUUACUGAGGAAGGAAUGAAUACCUGGCAAGAAUGACUCGACCUCAGCCACACCUACCUCACCCAAGAACUACAUUUCCCUUUAUGCUUGGCGCGACACACUCCUAUGAAGUAAAAAGAGCGACAAUUAGUUCUUAAGGCCCCCUUUUUUUUCCCCUUCGCCUGGCGGUGCCGCAGUGUUGUAUGGGAAAGGUAGUUCUAGCGCUCGUCGUCUGGACCCUGACAAACUGAGCCCAAACUAAACUUCCCAGCAAGCAGCGCACUCGCCUGGGAAAGAGGGGCAAGAUGGCGGAUGCCGAAGACGGUUCUUUGCGGCCGGCGGGACCCUCCGCUGCCCCAAUUUCAUUCAGCUUCAGUCGCACAUCCGCCCGGAGACGGCUGGCGGACCCGGGAGACGACGCGGGUGCGGCUCCAGAGGAGAAGGAUUUCUUGAAGACCGUGGAAGGGAGGGAGCUGAAAAGUGGUUUGGAACGCCUGAGGCACGGCCUGGGGAAAUUCGCGGAGGCGAGAAGGCGGGAGUGUGUAACAGGAGAGGAGUGUGGCUCAGAACCCACUGACCAUGCUACUCUCCCAACUUCACGCCUCUGUGUCCACAUCAGUGUGAAGCCCUCAGAAACUCCCAAGGAACUCGUCAUCCCUUUAAUCCAGAAUGGCCAUCGCAGGCAGCCACCAACCCAGGCUCUUGGGCCAUCCACAAAUACUGAUGCCUUGAUGGAUGGGGUGCUGUCUCAGGCUGUGAAGGAGCUCAUUGAGGACUCCAAGAAGUCCCUGGAGGAGAGAGAGAAUUCGGGUGUCGACCCCACGCUUGCUAUCCCCAUGAUCCAGAAAGGAUGCAUCCCUAACGGGGAAGGGGCAGACAGCGAACCCCGGGCCGAGACAGUGCCAGAGGAAGCUGAUUACGAGGCAGUCCCCGUAGAGGCCUAUGGGCUGGCCAUGUUACGAGGCAUGGGCUGGAAACCUGGCGAGGGCAUUGGCCGCACCUUCAAUCAAGUGGUGAAGCCCCGUGUCAACUCACUGAGGCCGAAGGGGUUAGGGCUGGGCGCCAACCUGAAUGAGGUCCAGGCCCUGGUCUCCACUGGCCCCCACCACCUACCAAAGCCAGAUGAGGAGCAAGAGAAGGAAAAGGAAGACCAGCCUCAAGGACUGGUGCCUGGAGGGGCUGUGAUGGUUCUUUCUGGCCCUCACCGAGGCCUCUAUGGGAAGAUAGAAGGCCUCGAUCCUGACAAUGUUCGGGCCAUGGUUCGCCUGGCUGUGGGGAACCGCAUGGUGACGGUUAGUGAGUACUGCCUGCGGCCUAUCUCCCAGAAGGAGUUUGACAAGAACUCUUUGGGUCUCAGCCAGAUGAGCAAAACUUCCCCAGGGCAACAGAAUGGAACAGCUUUGUCAUGGAAGGCCCUCCGGGAUCAGGACCUCCCCGGCCAGCGGGAGGACUCAGAGAGGAAGCGGAAACACCUUCCCGACCGACAGGGGGAGCCUGCAGCCAAGAAUGAGAAGGCCGGUCCCUGGAGCCAGCACUGGUUGCACAGGGACCUGCGUGUGCGCUUUGUGGACAAGCAGCACAAGGGUGGCCAGUAUUAUAACACCAAGAUGACGAUUGAAGAUGUCCUCAGCCUGGAUACCUGUGUGUGUCGAACAGACGAAGGCCGGAUCCUGGAAGGUGUGAAGGAAGGCAUGCUGGAGACCCUGGUCCCCAAGGUUGAGGGCAACCGGGUGAUGGUGGUACUGGGGCCACAGGCUGGAAGGGUGGGCCGCCUGCUGGGCCGGGACAGAGAACGGAGCCGGGCUCUGGUGCAGCUGCGGAGAGAGAAUCAGCUGGUGGAGCUUCACUAUGAUGCUGUCUGCCAGUACCUGGGCCCCAGUGACUCAGAUGAAGACUGACCUGUGGCCCCGCUCCCGUCCUCUCCCCUCGCCCCCCACCCAGCUGCUGCCAGCUCUGUACAGUGUGAAAAGCCUGUCUUCACAGAGGUGGGGAGGUCAUCAUUCCACCGUCUGCUUGCACUGCAGCUCUAGGACAAGGACAGGGACAAGGCACGAAGUAGACCAGAAGGGAGGCUCGAAACCAAGUAUUUUCCAGAAGUUAGCAUGUAAUAAAAAUCUUUUCCCAAACUUAGUAGAAUGAUGAGAUCAUAAAUGUGUGCUGAGUUGAGUGGAAGUGGGAGCCGGGCUGACGGAGGUGGGAGCCCAUCCAGGCUUCAGCCCCACCGCCGUGCAGGGGCUGACAGACAAGUCAAAGGACCCACCUGCUCGUGAGCUCAUUCUCGGAACACCGAAGCUAUGAAGUGUGUCCUUUGAGCAGAGACUAUGGAGUCUGGAAAGCCGCAUCUCUGCCCAUCUUUCUGAGCGAGAACCCAGCGGUGGCUCUGCUUUUCCUCUUGGUCCAGAUCAGAUGUCCAGAGGGUAUCUUGAGCCGGUGAUGAGAGUCCAGAGGAAAGGGGGGGCUUCUACCCACAAAUAGGAUGUGUUUGCACUACCUCCCAGAGCAACCAGUUAAUUUUCGGGCCCCCAUUUUAGUCCAAAACUUUGGCUUGAUGGUAAAAAAAAAUUUUGUGUGUCCCGGGUAGAAUUUCUUUGAUUCCUCCAGGUAAUUGGACUCUCAAAAAGGUUAUUGUCAGACGGUCCUUAAACUUUUUCCUAUUUAACGGGCUGAGAUAGAAAAGCAGCAAGGGAAGCCAGGGCUUUAAGCACAUUUGCUUCUAAAUCAUCCCCAAUCACUAAGUUGUUGAUGUAAUAAAUGGUAUUUGAAUUAGAUCAACACCACUUGUAUAAACUCAUGACAUGUCAGAACAUAGCGCAGCACUGGAGAAUUUUUUUAAAAUAAUUGAAUUAUCACAUUAAAAUUCUUACAUUUUUUUCUGAUUAAAUCUUUAAAAAAA